GAUGUAACAAGGCCAGGCUCGCGCCGCGUCCCCUCUUUCCCAGACUCAGUGCUCCUUCCUCCUCCCGCGCCCCGCGCUCUGCGCGCUGAGCUGGCGCCGGGCUCUGCUUGCACAGCACCGGGACCGACGGGCACUGCUGGGAGAGCCGCUCUCCCACGUUCCACCUCCCCGAUGCAGAGUCCGUGGGGGAAACCAGGCUUUCCUCCCAGAACCAGGGGAGCGAGCCGAGGGGGCAGCUGCUGUGGAGGUUUCUGAGGAGACAGCCUGGCUUCUUUCCCUACUUCCUGGAGAGGGCAGGAAACCUCAGAAUAGAGGAACGCUGCUCCCUGGUCAGCAAGCAGCCCCCAACCUGGAUGGAGUGAAAGAUGCGGCCUGAUGACAUUAACCCGAGGACUGGGCUGGUGGUGGCUCUGGUCAGUGUCUUCCUGGUCUUUGGUUUCAUGUUCACCGUCUCUGGGAUGAAAGGGGAGACUUUGGGAAACAUCCCCCUCCUGGCCAUCGGGCCAGCCAUCUGCCUACCAGGCAUCGCAGCCAUUGCCCUGGCCAGGAAAACCGAGGGAUGCACCAAGUGGCCAGAGAACGAGCUGCUGUGGGUCCGCAAAUUGCCCUGCUUCCGGAAACCCAAAGACAAGGAGGUGGUGGAGCUGCUGAGGACCCCUUCAGACCUAGAAUCCGGCAAGGGGAGCUCAGAUGAGCUGGCUAAGAAGGCGGGCCUCAGGGGGAAGCCUCCCCUACAAGGCCAGGGUGAGGUGUCCGUGGCCAGCUCCAUCAACACCCCCACACCCACGGAGGAAGAAGAAUGCCAGAGCCUUGUCCAGAGUGGGCAUCAGGAGGAGACGUCCAGAUACCUGGACGGCUACUGCCCCUCGGGCAGUUCCCUCGCCUACAGUGCCUUGGACGUCAAGUGCUCAGCAAGGGACAGAUCUGAGUGCCCUGAGCCUGAGGACAGCAUCUUCUUUGUGCCCCAGGACAGUAUCAUCGUUUGCUCCUACAAGCAGAACAGCCCCUAUGACCGAUACUGUUGUUACAUCAAUCAGAUACAAGGCAGGUGGGACCACGAGACCAUCGUCUAAUCUCUGCAUACAAAGGUGGCUGGAUUGAUAGAAUAUGACUAAGCCCAGCUCCCCGUGGAAGGAAAUUGCUCUGCUUGGAGAGCCUUCACACUAUUAGAAAUUGACCUGGUAUGUGAUGGGUGUGAUAACCUCUGGUACCCAAGAGUCAUGUAAAUAGGCAUGUUGGGGACACAUUUUAGGGAAGGGUGAUAAAGGUUAAGGACACUGGAAGAGGCAGUGGGUAGGAAAGGAAGCUACUCCAGUUGCUUCUUAACAAUUUACACAAUGUUAAAUGUUUUGUAAAAUAACCCAAAAAGUGCUAUCCAGGACCAGCUGAGAGCAAGAUAAAUCUAGAGUGGGCUGCAGAUGUGAGGCAUCAAAUGAUGCAUGAGCUGACCAUACGGAAACUGAGCUGCUUUAUGUUUGAAUAAAUUGAAAAUAAAAUUAAUGAUCUGUUAUAUAAAAUAAUUUUUGCCUGGUGAAAAGCUUAUCACACUUGGUAUUUGCUGAAAGAAAAAAAAAUCAAGAUGUAAGAGUUAAACCCUCCUUAGAUGGGAUGGUUUUUGGGAAAAGAGUAGUUAAAGACAGUUGGAUUAUGUAACUGAGUCUUGUGGCAUUAUUGUCUGACAAGAUCGUGGUCUCUAAUAAAGUAAAAUAAGUGCGACCAGCUAUGUGAAAAGUUAACAUUUUUAGAUGGCUAUGUUACUUCUUAAACUCUUCAUUUAAAUCCAUUUAUUGCGUCUUUAUCUGAAAUGGGUUUUUUCUAAAUAUUUACUAUCAUUCAUGUAUUAUUUCCUUACCAGGUGCAACAUUACUUGAUAUGAUACUUUCAUAGAUUGGAAUUUGUUUUCAUCAAGACAAAAUGAAUUUUACAUAUAUAUCCAAGUCUUUAACAUUGGCAGACAUGUACUGAUAAUUACCAUUCCUAUAUACCUUUUAAAAUCUGAAAACUAUAAAGUCUACACAUUAGCCUUGAACGUUGCACAUAAUUUGUAUGAAAUGCAAUGGUUAAACCUUUGGAAGUGUCAUUAUUUGUACAUUUGUUCAACUCCUCUCACAGACUGUAAAAGCCAGUGAAACAAGAGCUCAUCUACUAAAUUUAACUGAAGCCCAGAUUUUAUUAAGCUCACCUGAUCAGUGAACAUUGCAUGAUAAAAGUCUCUUUAUUUCAUACAUUUUUGCUGCUGAGGAAAACAACAAAUCACAAUGAUAUCCUAAAAUGUGCUUUCUGUUUCACUUGCUCAACUGCAAUAGAUAAGAAGGCUAUCAAGCAGAAUGCCAUUUGAUCCCUGGUGAAGAAAAAUAUGAAUUAUAUAUAGGAAUGGUGAUAGAGUUCAUCUUGAAGAUCAGAAGUAUUUUGUAUCCUUCAAAGAAUGAUCAUUUUAAGUGAUCAUAUAGUCUUAGUUACUUUCUCCCAAAAGGGGAAUUGAGGACAAAAAUUUGGGCAUAUAUGUUUUGUGUACUUCAAUUCCAACUCUGGAAUUCUUUCUUAAGUAUAGCAAUUGUUCUGUCUUAAGGAUCAUGCUAUUUUAAAAAAAUCAUAAUUUUCAAGUCAAGUUCAGGAUCAAAAAUAUGUAAUUAUUUUAGUAGGGCUUAAAUAUCAGAAAUGAGAUGCAUGAUCUUGGGCAAAUUUUAUCUUCUUACACCUGAGUUUCUUACUCUGUGAAGGGAGGGGGAACUGAUUUACACUCAAUUAUUUCUAUCAUUCAUUUUCAGUUUAAAUAUUCUAUGGUGUUAUGUCAAAGGCACUUUAUAUAUUGCCAGGAAAUGAGUUAUAGCAAAAUGCAUGCCAAAGUUAUAAAAUUUAUGAUAAUUAUGUGACAUAGAUUGCACUGCUACUACUCAAAAAAGAAUUUUGUAGAUGUAUGAAAGCAGAUUAUUCAACACAAUACAUUCCUGAGAAUAAAAUGAACAUAAUCAGAGUAAAAUAUUUUUGAGGAGAAAACUUAAAAUGUUGGUAUAACUCAAAGUAAUCUAAUACACAACCUUGCACUAAAUGUGAUUGACAUUUGCAUUCGGGAUGGGGAGAGAUAGUUUCCUAAAAUCACAGUAACUUUUAAUAAUUGUAAUGCAUUUUGAAAACAGAGAAUCAUAUUUUUAUAAUGGUGAGAACUAUUGAAUAACUCCUUAGGAAUAAAAACUUCCUUUAAGAUGUUUGUCACUGUUAGAGAUGAGGAGACAGUGAGACAGAGACAUGUUCACAGAGACUCAGCAAAUCUUAGACAAUAAUGCUGCGAUUUUCUGAAAGAAGAUGCUUGCAGUGUCAGGUAUGGUUUGGGGGUUGGAAAAGUUACUUUUCUGAUUUCUUGGGACCAUUUCAAAUUCCUUUAUAUCAUUCUGUCUCUUUCCAGAUUGAGGGUCAACUACUAGUUUAGAGAUAUAAGGUAUUUUAUCUUGUUUUCAAGUUCUACUUCAGAAAAAAACCUAUUUCAUGUUUCUUCUCCCAUUACGUACUUAAGAUACUUAAGGUAUUUAAGUAUGCAUUUGAGGAAAUAUUUUCCCGUGCUAAAAUAAAGGUUUGCAAAUGUU